UAGCUAUUGCUCGUAUCAUUUAAUUGACUAAAUUUGAAUUGAAUAUUUUUAAUUUUGUAAUUUCGAAAUCUAUGUUUAAUUUACAUAUAAUUUUAAAUUCUUCCACAUAAUCGGGCUAAAUCGAGCUAAAUUGGGCUAAACUGGUCAGUCCAUUAAUCCUUUACCCACUAACUCGACCUGUUCAACUGACCAAAUCGGGCUGACAACCUUGAAAUUGUUAAUAAUCAUUUGGAAUUUUGGAUUGUUUACGGUGGAAGAGAAAUUUAAGAUUGGUUAUGUUUUAGGUUGAUGUUAUUUAAGUGUGUUGGAGUUUAGAUAGUGUUGCAUUUUUUUCUAUGUUGAAUUCAAGACAAGUACAAUAUAAUGACUUUUUCAAUAUUUUCGGGCUAAAACGGGUGACCCAUUAACACUUGACCCACUAGCUCGUCUGGGUCCGGGUCGACCCGCGGGUUGACAACCUUGGUUACCAUAUAUAUAAUUGACACUUCUUAUUAGUAAGACUUAUUAAUUAUGUAUAUUUUUUCCCUCUCAACAUUCAUGAUAGCAAAAGCAUUGCUUAGGAAUGAAGGGAGCAUGCAUGGUACGACAAUGUCCUCUCCCGCCGUAGCGGCUCUUACAGUCAUCCAAGCAGCGAUCCAAGGUACUGCAAUCCCAAGUCUUAUGACAGUAUUUAGCUUCUGCUGCCAUCUUGUCUCCACCUUUUCAAUUAGCAGACAAGUAUAAUUAAUUGUAGGCAAUUGAAUUAACCAAUAAUAUGCAUCCAUAUACAUGAUUGCUUCAAAUUAAAAAUUUAUGAAAUUAAUUAGAGCGAAAUGAAAAGAGAGGCCAAGAAGAACAAUCUGAAAAUAUUUUAUCACUAUCCUAUGACUAUUAAAACAUUUUUGUGGUACAUACACCUGAUUAUUUUUCAUAAAUUUGUAAGAAAGUUUACCUAAUGAGGCGAUGAACAGAAGGAAGAACAAGAAGUAUAGUGCAAAAUACUUAGCCAUAUCUCUUGAAAACUUAAGAAUAAAGAUAUAAUUCUAUAUUUCAGUUUUAUGUCUUCUCAGUUGUAUAAUUGGCUUUGUAUUUGAUAUUUAUAAGAAAAAUUCAUGUACUAUUCAACGCUUAAGUAGAAAUAUUGACAUGCAAAGUAAAAGGAUGCAAGGCAACAUAAUGAUGGCUUAUGAAGAAAGAUAGAAACAAUGCAAGAUAUUAAUGAAAAAGUAAGGAAAAUAAUUAAGUUUCCUUUUAAGUCUUAUUUAUCUUUUAAUAACUAUCAAAUUAAUAAUAUAGUCGAAGAUUUAACUGAUAUGAUAUUAAUAACUUGCUAAUGAGAUUAUAAUAGAAUUUGAUAUUAUUUUUUACACAUUUCUUGAUAACCGAGUAGUUUUUCGAUCAAAGUGAUACUUAAAAAAAAAAAGAGAUUUCAUAGGGUAAUGUAUUUUUAAGACUUCCCUUUGCUUCAUUUCUUCGAACCAAGUACUAGUAUUCCAGAAAAGAUUGUAGUUGAGGUGUCACCAAAUCAAAUGAUAUAAUCAAGAAAAUACGUAAACUUUAAAUAAAUCGAAAUCUAAAGUGCACGGUAAAAAAAAAAAACAUUCAACACAUAAAAUCAAACCUAACUACUCUUAUAUUCUUAGUUUUCCCCUUCUUAGUAUAGGUUUAUGGUUUCAAAGUCUAUAAAAGGCUUGUUUAGUCCUUGUAAUGAGGCGAACACUUUUGAUAAUAAACCCUAGUUCAUUGAGCUCAUUGCUAAAUUCUAUUGUCGCUUACUUUAGUUGUCAAAAAUUAUGGUCGGUAGCUAAUAACGGAUUCAUAGGGGAGCCAAAAUUAUGGUCGGUAGCUAAUCAGGGGAAUGUGGCUUUUCAAUACCUUGGGGUACUCACUGCAGCAUGUCGUGAGUGUCAUAAGCAGUUGUGUCAAAUUAACCAUUGUCUCUUGGUCCAUCAAGCUUGAACAUCGUGGAUAGCAUGUAGGGCUAGGAAAUUCAUAUCGAUCAAAUUCCGUAUGAAAAAUCGUGGUUUAGAAUAAAUCGCACGAUUUGGUCUGGACUGUGAAACAAGAAUCACGAUCUGGAUCUGGUCCGACUUGCAGUUGAUGAAGUUCUAGUAUGUCUGCACGAUUUUGUAAAUAGUUGCCAAAAGGCUAGUUAUCAACAACCAUUUACUAAUGGUCGCCAGCAAUCAUUUUCUUGUAGUGAAUUAAUUAUAUUAACCUCUACUAGACUACUACCCCACUACUGCAACGUGGUUGCGUUGACCAUUAAUUUUACCAACAUUUCUAGGAAUACAGGAAUGGCGGUUCCUAUCCCAAAUCGUGUGUUUCGUUUUUGAUUUUCUUAGAUUUUAUCAUGGUCUGGCAAAAACCAGAAAGCUCAAUGACGACAAGAUGAAAGUUUUACAAAGAAAAUUAAUCGGCCAACGGGUCGAGUAAAAGCUAGCAACGAUCUUGAGAUGCUCAUUUCCCGAAGACCGGCGGGAUAGGCAAUUUUUUAUUCGAUUUUCUGGAAUUCGGGUUCUAUAAAACUUACUCCACCUUAUCAUAUUACCAUAAAUAAUAAUGUUUUGUAAGGUAACAGGUACUCGAACUUGGUUCAUAAGGCUGAUUUUUUAUUCGUUGCAUCAUCUAUGCCUCUUUCCUGCUAAAAUUCACUAUCUUUAUUGCGUGUUUCUAAAAAAAAAAAAACUAUACAACAAUAAGCUAUACACCUCAUUGCAUUCUCAAAUUUCAUAUCUCAGCUUACUCCAUACAACAAUAAGCGACAUUUGAAUAUUUUUAUUUUUGCCUUUAAACAUAAAUUCCAACAUGCACGAAUAAUUUUAACACCCUAAAUCUCAGUAAAUUACAAAGAUACAAAGUCAAAACAUCACAACUUGCACCAUAACGUCAUAAACAUUAACAUUAUAUCAUAUGGAGAUACGAUCGUCUCUACUCUCUUGUGAAAUGUGAUUGUGAAUGAAAGAGGGGAUGAGAAUUCUCAAAAUUAAGAUUGAGACUUGGAUAUCAUUGUGGGAGUUGGGAGAGUGAUGAAGUGGGCUGCUUAUACGUAUUGAGAAUAUUCUUGACUACGGUACUUAACAGUCUACGAUCCGGUUUGAACCAUAAAAUUUCAAACAAUCGGGUCUAUUAUCCCAGCCCUAUCAUCCGGUAUCUUGUAUUUUAUAUCCGACCUGCUGGUACGAUAGUGUUUCCUAAACCAUGCUUAUUACAUUAUUAUGUUGCGUAGGUAUGUGUCCGCCCGUAACAACUUGCUUAUUCAUAAUUUCUCGUAGGUAGCCGUUCCUCACGGUAUAUCCCACAAACAAAGAAAAGCCGAACGAACUCCAUGAAUACGUGUUGCGUAAGUAUGUGUUCUCUCUAGACUCUAGAGGCGUACACAGUUAUGACUUGUGAAUCCCGAAACUUCGAUCUACAAUUAACAAAAUCAAACUUUCUUGUUUAUUAAUUAUUUUCACAAUUCCAAUAUAAAAUUCUUACAAUAUAUAUAGUGAUGACCAGAAAUUAGCCCUUCACAUUUCACCAUACCACAACAGAAAGAAAAUUGCAAAGAAGCGUAAAACAUAUGGCCACGGCGGUAUGCAGCAGGUUAAUAGCAGUCACGUCGUCCAUCUUUCUUCUUCUGGUCGCGGCCGAGGGCAACAGCGUGUUCUGCCACAACAUCGGCGGGUGCGAUGCGGGAACGGCGGGGAGCCUCGUCAGAGAUCUGGCCGGCGAAGUGCCAGGUCAGCCAAACCAGCUGUACUGCAACGUUCAGGAGAUGCCGAGUGGAUCGGCGAACAUGUACGGGUACGGUUACUGCUCGACGAGAGGCAGGAGUCUGGAACCGGAGAAAGACUGCAACGACUGCUUGACCAGUGCGGGCAACGACCUGGUCAACGGUUGCAGAGACGUAGGUGGAGCCGGCGAGGUGUGGGGUCCGAAUGCUUUGUGUUAUAUCCUGAUGGGACUCACCAAUAAGUGUGCCUAGCUAUAGCUAUAGCUACUUGGUGAAUUAGCUUACUUCCGGCCGAUCGAUGAUUUGUGAUACCGUAUCGUAUUUGACUGAAUCAUAUGUGGAACGGACGUGUCUAACAUAUGGUGUUACUUGUUAGCUAGAAUCAAAUACGAAAACGAAG